CAGCUGUCGGAGCACCUCUUGUGCGUCCCAGCUGAGGAGCACGAUGGAGGAGUACAUCAGGAGGCUGGGGAAGAGCGUAAGGGCCCAGGCCACCCCAGCCCCAGAACUCCGGACCCAGAAGCAGCUGGAGUUGAAGGUGGCAGAGCUGGUGCAGUUCUUGCUGAUUAAGGACCAGAGGAAGAUCCCCAUCAAGCGGAGUGGUAUCCUGAAGCACAUCAUCCGAGACUACAAGGACGUCUUCCCAGACCUGCUCAAGCUGGCUGCCGAGCGGCUCCACUACGUGUUCGGGUACAAGCUGGUAGAACUCGAACCCAAGAGCAACUCCUACAUCCUCAUCAACGCCCUGGAGCCAGUGGAGGAGGAUGCCGAGGUGAGAGGCAACCAGGGAACGCCCACCACCGGCCUCCUGAUGAUUAUUUUAGGGCUCAUCUUUAUGAAUGGCCACAGCAUCCCAGAAACCGAAGUCUGGGAUUUUCUACGUCGUUUGGGGGUGUAUCCCACCAAGAAGCAUUCAGUUUUCGGAGAUCCAAAGAAACUCAUUACUGAAGACUUCGUGAGACAGCGCUACCUGGUGUCCCGAAGGAUACCUCACACAGACCCUGUGGACUGUGAGCUCCAGUGGGGGCCACGAGCAAAUCUGGAAACCAGUAAGAUGAAAGUUCUUAAAUUUGUGGCCAAAGUCCACAAGCAAGAUCCCAAGGACUGGCCCACACAGUACUGUGAGGCUUUGGCGGACGAACAGAGCAGGGUCAGACCGGAACCCAGUGGUCCAGCCCCGACUUCUUGAAAUAAAUGCUUGGGAUUCCCAAGUACAAGCCAGAAGAAUAGGGAACAUGGGGGUGGAAGAAGCAUAUUUCCAUAACUAUUAAAAUGUAUUAUCUUUAA